AAUAACAAAUCAGUUCAUAUUUUACACGCUACCAGUUUGGUCGGAUUCCUUAGGUGCUAUUACGAGUACCGUUAAAGAAUGAAGUACCUUUUCGUAUUCGCGCUCUUGGUGGGUGUUUUUGUUGCCAAUUCCUUCGCUGCCAGAUAUCUAUGGGGUGAAAUCACUAGUAAGGACCAUCUGAUUUCGAAGGAGAGAGUCAGCAAGGGCUUCGUCGUGGGCCUCAGAGUAACAAAGAAAUACGUUUUUAAGCAAAAGUUGGCUAAAAAAUUUGCAAAACUAGAUCCACAUUCGUUCUUCCAUUUCCUCACACAGCGCGAUAGCAGCACGAAUUCGAUUUGUGAUAAUCUAAACGCAUUGACAAUCACCGCCAUCAAAGUAAUCGAUAAGAAGAAAAGUGGUGCUAGUGUGACUUUGGUUAAUGGUGGUCCUGGUUCGAAGGGAGCUACGCUACUCUUUAAGUCGAAACGUGGUAAAGGCAUCAAGGAUGUUGUAGAAAUUUAUGGACAUUAA